UGCGUGAAUUGAAGGUUUUAUCUGCCUACCAUAAUCGCUCAUGACCUAUGCGACUUCGUAUGUCUAGCGAGCUCUACAAGCAUCCUCACGGAAAUGACGGCCUUAUCGUCGCCCAAUGCGUUUACAAGGACUGAUUUUUCCCCGGCGUCAUCGUUUAGUGCCUUACCCCGUUCAAAUCUGAACCUCACGGCUCGCUCCGGACGCCAUGGCUGCCGAUUUGCCUCGCUAUCGCGCCGAGCAGAAUCAUCCCAGUCGCCGAUCCAACUGCUUGACCAUUCGUUAGGGUCAUCGGAAUCUUCGCAAACUACGCGUGAAUCUCAUUCAGAAACUUCUGAAGCUCCUCAAUCCACUCGAUCGGAUCCCCUUCUGGACGCGCUGGCAGCCAACGCGGAUGCUGACGUGGCAAGCUUCCACUUUCCGGCUCAUCGCAGGGGUCUCGGAGCGCCUCCCCGCGCGCUCUCCGCGUUCGGCGCGGACGUUUUCCGUCACGAUUUGCCAGAGCUGCCGGAUCUCGACAACCUCUUCGCGCCAGAAUCCGUCAUCGCCGAGGCGCAGGAGCGCGCAGCCAGAGUAUUCGGCGCAUCGGAGACCCGGUUCUUAGUUAACGGCAGCACGGUGGGCGUGCAGGCCGCUAUAGUAGCCUGUUGCCGACCCGGCGACGUCCUUAUUCUUCCCCGCAACGCUCACCAAUGCGCGUUUUCCGGUAUGGUGCUCUCAGGAGCCGUGCCGCACUAUAUCCUCCCUGUGACCGAUCAUUCCUGGGGUAUUACGCACGGAGUUACCCUGGAUAGUGUAACGGAGGCUAUACGACACGUGGCUGCUGCUGGCGCGCGAAUAGGGGCUGUUCUGGUGGUUUCCCCGACUUAUUACGGGGUAUGCAGCGACAUCAGGGGAAUAGCCCGGGCGUGCCACGAGGCGGGGGCGGCGUUAAUAGUGGACGAGGCGCACGGCGCGCACUUUAAGUUCCACAGCGCGCUGCCAGAGACGGCGUUAGAGGCGGGAGCGGACAUAGUGGUGCAGUCGACGCACAAGGUGCUUGGAUCGAUGACUCAAUCCGCCAUGCUGCACAUUGGUCUAGGGAAUGCAGAGCACGGCAAUGCGGAGCAGGGGGAUGCAGAGGAUGGGGCUGCAAAGCAUGGGGAUGCCAAGUCAGUGCAUGGCAACGCAGGUGCAGCAUCCCCUGCAUCAGUCCCGGCAACAUCACUACCAGCACCAGCAGCAGCGCCAUCCCCCCGUGUGAGCCCGCGUGACAUCGCCCGCGCCCUGCAGCUGCUGCAGUCGUCCUCGCCCUCCUACCUCCUCCUCGCCUCCCUCGACGCCACCGUCGGCCACAUCUCCCUCCCCUCCUUCUGCUCCUCCCUCGCCCGCGCCCUCCGCCUCGCCUCGCGCCUCCGCUCCUCCCUCCAGUCCCUCGGCCUCCGAGUGCUCAGCCCAGGUGCAGAGACGGACGUGAGCAGUCCAAGCCACGGCAGCGGCAGUUUCGCAGGGUUUGACCCGCUGCGGGUGGCGGUGAGCGUGCGGGAGAUGGGUAUGACUGGGUAUGACGUGGAUGACGUGUUGCUGCGAGAGCACAGUGUGGUGGGGGAGCUGCCCUCCCUGCAUGGGAUCAUGUUCGCUGUCAGCACGGGCACCACUGACAGGGAUGUGGACCGAGUGGUUGCUGCCUUCGCUGCCAUUGUGAGGGAGAGAGGAGUGGGUGAAAGGGUGGGGGGAGGGUAUGGGGAGGAGGAGGAUGACGAGCUGGGUCUUGGAUAUCUGUCGUUGCCAAGUUCACUAACCAGCAGCAAGACCGCACCGCUCGCCCCUCUGCUGCCCCCGAGGGAUGCCUUUUUCUCGCCCAGUGAGGUGGUGCCAGCUGGGCAGGCGGUGGGGCGGUGCAGUGCGGACAUGCUGUGCCCGUACCCGCCCGGCAUCCCGGUGCUGCUGCCGGGGGAGGUGGUGACUGCAGAGGCGCUGGGGUUGCUGGAGAGAGUGCUCAGCCUUGGGGGGUCCGUGUCUGGCCUGCCCUCAGAUAGCCUUGAGGAAAUCCGCGUUAUUGUGCGACCUGACUAGCUGUCUACCCUCGGUGCUCUUCCACAAAGCCAUGAUGAGUGAU